AUGACUUUUGAAAAUUCAAAUUUAAAGAGACUUGUCGAUCACAAUAUGAAGAAUGGUGAAACAGAUUUACUUACAGUAUUAAUAACUAAUAGAAGGUUGAAAGAAGAGAAUGAUGAUUUAAAAUUAAAAAUUAAACAAUUAGAAAGUGAAUUACAAAUAUUUAAAAAUAAUAAUAAUAGUAAUAGUAGUAAUGGUGUUCGUGUUUCUGUAAAUGAUGAAAAUAAUAGUAGUAGGAGUAAUGGUAACACAUUGCAGAUUGACGAUUUGGUGAAUAUUGGUUACAAUGGAUAUAAAGUUGCAUUGACACCGGAAGUAGAGGAGAUCAUUCAGAAAGGAAGAAGAGUCAUUGACGAAAUCGUCGCAUCCAAUAAAGUAGUAUACGGUAUCAACACUGGUUUUGGUUUAUUCUCAAAUGUCACCAUUCCCAAUGAACAAAUUAAGAUAUCUCAUAGUACAGGUGUUGGUACACCACUUACACCAGCACGUACAAGAAUGUUGUUUGCUUUGAGAAUCAAUGUGUUGGCAAAGGGAUUCAGUGGAAUCUCGUUGGAGACUGUUAGACGUGCCGUUGCCAUUUUGAAUGCCGAUUGCUUGCCAAUCGUACCCGAGAAGGGAACAGUAGGAGCAUCCGGUGAUUUGGCACCACUUUCACAUUUGGCGUUGGGUAUGAUGGGUGAGGGUAAGAUGUACGAUGGCGCCACCGGUAAAGUUGGUCCAGCCGGCGAAAUCUUGGCUGCUUACAACUUGACACCGAUCGAUUUGGCUGCCAAAGAGGGUUUGGCACUGAUCAACGGAACACAGCUCAUUUCAUCGUUGGGUGCAGAAGCAGUGCAUCGUUCGCGUAUCAUUGCCGACACUGCUAAUAUCGUUGCAGCCAUCACACUCGAAGCACUCUGUGGAACGGUUGCCGCGUUCCAUCCAGCCAUUCACAACGCACGUCCUCACAGCGGUCAGAAAAAGGUAGCCGCAUUCAUGCGUUCUGUCUUGCACGACAAGAACGACGCCAACGGAUUCAAGUCAGAGAUCUCAGAGUCACACGCCAAUUGUGGAUGCGUACAAGACAGUUACACUCUUCGUUGUAUUCCACAGGUUCACGGUAUCGUACACGACACCAUUGAUUUCGUCGAGGGUAUUCUCUCGACCGAGUUAAACAGCGCCACCGACAACCCAAUGGUAUUCCCAGAUCUAAAUACUACGAUGUCCGGUGGUAAUUUCCACGGUGAGUAUCCGGCCAAGGCAUUGGAUUACCUGGCAAUUGGAAUUCACGAAAUAAGCAACAUUUCCGAGCGUCGUUUGGAGCGUUUGGUCAAUCAUCAACUCAGUGGAUUGCCAGCUUUCUUGGUGAAAGAGGGUGGACUCAACUCUGGAUUCAUGAUUUCCCACUGCACCGCAGCCGCUCUCGUCUCUGAGAACAAGACUCUCUGUCACCCAUCUUCAGUCGAUUCACUAAGUACUAGUGCAGCCAAAGAGGAUCACGUAUCGAUGGGUGGAUGGUCAGCAAGAAAGGCAUUGAUGGUAGUCGAUAACGUCGAACAUGUAUUGGCCAUUGAGUUACUGGCCUGCAUUCAGGCACUCGAUUUCCAUCGUCCAAACAAGACUACACCACCACUCGAAGCAGUCUAUCAGUUGGUCCGUUCUAAAGUUCCAUACAUGGAGAAAGACAGAUUCAUUCAACCAGACAUUGAAGCUUGUCUCGAAUUGAUCAAGACCGGUCAAGUUUUAAACGUUGUCAAAUCAUUCUUAAAAAAUUAA